GCGGCGGCUCAUGCUGCCCACCGUGGGCUGAGGCGGCCGCAGACGGGCGGCAGGCGCGGCGGCCGGGCAAGCCGAGGGCGCAGCCAAGCCGCGCGCACCGCGCACGGCGGCCGGGGCUCCGCGCAAUGGGCCGAGCUGGAGGCGGGGGCCCUAGUUGGGGGCCGCCGCCAGCGCUGCUGCUUCUGGGGGCCACGCUCGUCCUCACCGCUGGGGCCGUGCCGGCACGUGAAGCAGGCAGCGCGAUCGAGGCUGAAGAGCUGGUGAGGAGCGGCCUUGCAUGGGAGCCGCGUGCCAAUGACACUCGGGAGGAAGCCGGCCUGCCCGCUGAUGGGGAAGAUGAGACCUCGUGGAGAGCGCCGGGCAGUGAGCUGGCUGCCUUGGGCCCUGGGGUAGGGCCAGAGGAGGCACUAGAGGCAUCGGCUGCAGUGACUGGCACUGCUUGGCUGGAGGCAGAUAGCCCAGGCCUGGGUGGAGUGACCGCAGAGACUGGUAGUGGCGACGCCCAGACCCUCCCAGCUACUCUCCAGGCUCCUGAUGAGGCCCAUGGGUCGUCUACAAUGCCCCCUGCCAUCCCUGAGGCUACUGAAGCCGGUGGACCUCCCUCGCCCACUACUCAUGAUAAGCCUAGCCCAGGCUCAGAACUCCCUGAGAGCCCCUUGGAGGUUUGGCUGAACCUGGGAGGUAGCACACCCGACCCUCAAGGGCCGGAACCCACUUAUCCCCUUCCAGGCACUCUAGAGACCCAACCGGCCUCAGAUAUAAUUGACAUCGACUACUUUGAAGGACUGGAUAGUGAGGGUCACGGUACAGACAUGGGCAGCUUCCCAGGCGCACCAGGAGCCUCAGAGAAUCACCCCGAUGCUGAAGGAGAGACCCCUUCCUGGAGCCUGCUUGACUUGUAUGAUGACUUCACCCCCUUUGAUGAGUCGGAUUUCUACCCCACCACAUCCUUCUACGAUGAUUUGGAAGAGGACGAGGAGGAGGAGGAGGAGAAGGAUGCCGUGGGGGGUGGAGACCUGGAAGACGAGAAUGACCUUCUCCUGCCCUCUCAAAAGCCUGGUGUGGGGCCUGGGGCAGGACAGCCCACCAGUCGGUGGCAUGCUGUCCCCCCACAGCAUACUCUGGGGGUAGUCCCUGGCAGCAGCAUCUCCCUCAGGCCCCGCCCAGGAGAUCCAGGCAGGGACCUGGCCUCAGGUGAAAACGACACAGUGUGUCGAGUUGGCUUUGUCAGGCACAAUGGCUCCUGCCGGUCCUUGUGUGACCUCUUCCCAAGUUACUGUCACAACGGCGGCCAGUGCUACCUGGUGGAGAACAUAGGGGCUUUUUGCAGGUGUAACACUCAGGACUACAUCUGGCACAAGGGGAUGCGCUGUGAGUCCAUCAUCACCGACUUCCAGGUGAUGUGCGUGGCCGUGGGCUCCGCUGCGCUCGUGCUGCUCCUGCUGUUCAUGAUGACCGUGUUCUUCGCCAAGAAGCUCUACCUGCUCAAGACUGAGAACACCAAGCUGCGCAGGACCAACAAAUUCCGGACCCCAUCUGAACUCCACAACGAUAACUUCUCCCUCUCCACCAUUGCUGAGGGCUCUCAUCCAAAUGUAAGGAAACUUUGCGACACCCCCUGUGUCUCCUCCCCCCAUGCCCGUGCCUUGGCUCACUAUAACAUUGUCUGUCAGGAUGACCCCAGUGCUCCCCACAAAAUCCAGGAAGUUCUCAAGUCCUGUCUGAAAGAAGAAGAGUCCUUUAACAUCCAGAACUCCAUGUCACCCAAACUCGAGGGCGGCAAAGGUGACCAAGCUGACUUGGAGGUGAACUGUCUCCAGAAUAACCUGACCUGAAACAGAAAGAGAAGCCAGGAAAGGGGGUGGGGGAGGGAAGGACGCUGUCUCCUCUUGUACAGUUGGCUUCUCGUAACCAUUUGUUAAGCUUUUCUUUUUCUGAUCUCAUGGCAUGCUCCGAUGUGUUUUGUAGGAGGGGAAAACACUUAAAAUAAGCAAAGAAACCGAGCAGGAUUGCAUAUAUUGGAUCGUUUUGUCUGUGCUGUCUGUGCAUUGCUUCUGCAGCUGGGAUUUCUAAACCUCUGCUGUUAUUCAACUGACUUUUUUUUUGUACUUUGACCCACCUUUUUUUGGAAUACCACUUAAAAAACAAGGUUCUUGAAAUAAAACUUUUUAAAAAGCUG